AGCUGUUGAUCUGAUCGCUGAGACCCAGAUGCCUCCAAGUUGCUGAAACUGUUGUUAAAUGAACGCAAUGGGUCGCUAUCCGUGGCUGCCCCUGCCCUACGUUACCAGCUCCUUCCGAAAGAACGCGGAGGAGGGCAAUAGCAGUGACUUUUUCUCGGCGCUGUAUGGUCUUUCCAACGCCUCUUCCUUCUUCAGCUGGCGCAACCUGACCAUCGAGGACUGGGGCGUCUUCAGCAACCACACCAAGUAUGAAGCCGAGUCCCAGAACCCGACUGUCAAAGCUUUGCUGAUCGUUGCUUAUUCUGUCAUCAUCGUCAUCUCGCUGUUCGGGAAUGUCCUGGUCUGUCAGGUGGUGAUCAAAAACAAGAGGGUGCAUUCUGCAACCAGCCUCUUCAUUGUCAACCUGGCCGUAGCAGAUAUCAUGAUCACACUUCUCAACACCCCCUUCACCUUGGUUCGGUUUGUAAAUAGUAACUGGGUGUUCGGGAAGCUGAUGUGUCAUGUCAGUCGAUUUGCACAGUACUGCUCUGUGCACGUGUCUGUACUGACCCUCACUGCUAUUGCUUUGGACCGACAUCAGGUUAUCAUGCACCCACUGAAACCCAGGAUGUCGACGGUUAAAGGAGUCAUCUGUAUCAUCGUCAUUUGGAUCAUGGCAACCUGCUUCUCCCUUCCGCAUGCAAUCUACCAGAAGCUAUUCAGAGUUGAAUACAGGAAAGAAAAAGUGCGAAGUUUAUGUCUCCACAACUUCCCACAGCCAGCAGAUCUGUACUGGAAAUACAUGGACCUGUCUACUUUCAUUCUCCUAUACGUUUUGCCACUUUUCAUCAUAACUGUGGCCUACACAAUGGUGGCAAAGAAGCUGUGGCUACGGAAUGCCAUCGGAGACAUCACCGUGGAGCAGUACUUCGCUCACAGACGCAAGAAGAAAAUGACGCUGAAGAUGCUGAUGCUAGUGGUUGUGGUGUUUGCCGUCUGUUGGUUUCCUCUGAACUGCUAUGUGGUGCUUAUCUCCAGCAAGGCCAUCAACACCAACAAUGCCAUAUACUUUGCUUUCCAUUGGUUUGCCAUGAGCAGCACUUGCUACAAUCCCUUCAUCUACUGCUGGCUUAAUGCAAACUUCCGAGCCGAACUCAAAUCCUUGUUGGAUAUCUGCAAAAGGAGAAGAGCCACCCAUGCACAGCCCCUUCCCUAUGCAUCCCCUCCCUACAGACAGGCAUGGAUUGAAGGCAGGAGCCACAAGAGAAUCAAUCAAGCUCAAAACCUGAGAUUUAACACCAACUCUGCAAGGACUGAUAUUUCCAUUGUUGAACCUAUUGUGACUGUAAGCUAA